AUGCCUGAGAAACUCAGAGCCGAAGAAGUCAACAGCAAGACCGACCCAUCCGUGGCCAAACAAUACGAUAAUGCCACUCCCAAGGAUGAGCAAUUCAAAGAACUUUACGAGCUCAUCGACGGCAAGAAAAUCAGCAUGUUUUCCACAUAUCGCAAUGGAGUUGGUCCCGUGGGUCGGUCCAUGGCCGUAGCCAAGCGGUCCGGCCCCGACAUUCUCUACCUCGCCAACAAGCACAGCAAGAAAUUCAAGGACUUGGAAUCGAACAAGGAAGUCCAGAUUACAUUCCAAGACAGCAAGACGCAAGAUUGGAUCAGCAUCUCAGGCACCGCGAUGACUGCGAGCAACGACGACCCGCGGAUCAAGGAGCUUUAUAGUAGUGGUGUGAGCGCGUGGUUUGGGGAUCUGAAAGAUGGCGUGCACGACGGCACCUGGAAGGACCCUCGGAUGAGUUUGAUCGAGGUGCAAAGUAAGUAUAUCGUGUAUUGGAAGAAGGAGACAAGCUCGCUUGGGUUUCUGAAGGAGGUGGGCACGGCAGCGAUGACGGGAAGCGUGGCUCAGACCGGUGUGCUCAGAGAGCUUGGGCAGGACGACAUUCAAAAGGAGAGGGUGUAA